UACAUCUUUUCUGUCCUGUGUGGAUGACCACCAUUCUUACGUAUUGCGGGUGGAAGAAGAGUGUAGUUGUGUACUGACGCCAAAAGCUUUUGUUUACAUAUUUCCUUCCUCCGCCAAAGACCAACAGUUGUGUCAAGGGGUCACAUUAGCUCCAUGUAAGCACUGAUUGGUAUACUGAACUUGGAGACUGUUUGCAAGUUUUUAAAAAGAAUAGUACAGUACUCUACAGAUUUGAAGACUAAAGGUUACAGAUGGAGUCUUAGCUGUGACUGCUGAACCUUUCUUUUGGAAGUAGUAUUAUAUCGGUGGAGUUUGUGGCGGAAAUCAACUUGAGAGGUGCUGUAUGUCAUACCUGGAGUCUGGAAGUGGCCAGAUACCUAUCACUUAGACUAGCAAGAUUUUAAUAUUGGUCUGCCAUAAUAGGGAAUUUACAGCUAUGUAAUUGUUUGGAUUGAAAAUGGAGAAGACACCUUUGAAGUUGAAACUGAAGUUGGGAGGCAGUCCCUCCACACCAGAGCAAAGGAAAGGAUCUCCCUUACACCCUACCAUAAUCCCAACCAUGGGUGAUGAAGAUCAAGGGCAGUUGAUGUCAGAUGAAGAGAUGGAGGAGGAGGAGGGGACAGAGGAAGGCCAGGGUGAGGAAGAUCCAGGUGUUGAAGAAGAAGGAAAGUCAAAAUCUCGUCAUCUUCAUCAUGAUGAAGGAUCAAGAGAGAAGCACAAAAAGUCAAAGAAAAAGAAAAAGAAGAAGGAACGCGAAAAGGAUAAGGAAAGGCACAAGCAUCGUCAUCACAGAGAGAAAUUAGAGGGUGAAGAGGAUGAGCCCCCUAGUAAAAAGCAGUACUUUGAUAGUAGCAGAGGAGUUACACUGAGGGAGAGGGAGACAUCUGGUGGUGCUCUAACUCAAUUACUGGAUCACCUCUUGAAGCUUUUGGAGAAGAAGGAUCCUCAGCAGUUCUUUGCCUGGCCUGUUACUGAUGCCAUUGCUCCAGGGUACUCAUCAAUCAUUUCCCAACCUAUGGACUUUUCUACUAUGAGACAAAAGAUUGAUGACAAUGAAUAUUCAAAUCUCAAGGAAUUUAUUAGUGAUUUUGAACUGAUGUGCAAUAAUUGCAUGACUUACAAUCAAUUGGAUACUAUCUAUUACAAGGCAGCCAAAAAACUUUUAUAUGUUGGGGAAAAGAUACUCAGCCCAGAGAAGCUACUGUCUCUGAGGAGGGAGCUUCCUCUUAUGACAACCCUUACCAAGGAACAGCUUGGGUUUGAUAUUAACCCGGCAGUUGCUGGUGGUGGUGAAGCAGAAGCUGCUGCAGAAGAAGCCAUGGAUGCAGCAGAAGCUGAUGCAGAGAAGGAACCUAUCAAUAAAUUUGAGGCAGUUCAAGAUAACAUGACAUCGGAGGAAAUUUUAGAGCAAGUACAGACAGCAGCUUGUGAAGCUUCAGAAAAACUGACUCAAAAGAAACCAGAUAGUGUGCUUGGUUUCUUAAGACAACGAGGAGAUGGCACCACAACGUUGAGCUUCUUGACUGGGUGUGAAGGAAAUGAUCCAACUUUGAAAGAAAAACCAAUUAGUUUGGGAUUGCUGACUGGAAAACUCACACAAGGCUCAGCUAUGCUCCAUAAUUAUCGAGAUGAUAAGAGAAGUUUGGCGAAGCCAGUGAAACCACUUUACUAUGGAUCAUACUCCUCAUUUUGCCCAUCUUACGACUCAACGUUUGCCAACUUGACCAAGGAGGAGAGUGAGAUGGUUUAUGCAACUUAUGGUAAUGAGACUGCUGUGCAGUAUGCAGAAAGUAUCUGUGAUUUCUCCCAAGACUGUGAUAUGGCCAUGCAUUUGGUUGAUCAGCUCUUGAAUCUUUUGACACAUCAGCAACAUUCACGAACGAAGAGUGUUAUUGAAGAGAGACGGAAGAUGCAGGAAGAAGAAGAGCGAAUUAAUUCCCUUUUGUACCCACCCAUUGAUACAAGUGCUACAGCCAAUGUAAAUGAACAAAAGAAGAGUCAGAUUAACUUCUGCACCCUUAAGUCAUUGUCAGAUAUUGGAAUUGAUACAGGAUUUUUGAAUUACUUUGAGGAUCGGCAGAAACGAGAAACCAUGAUCAACUCACAAUUAGAAGAGAAUGCUAAUCUUUUGGAAAGUCUUGCAAAAGAGCAGAAAGACCGUCUCUCACGGCCCUUGCCCACUAACCUUAACAAUAUUGCUCAACCAUCAACACAGGAGCUGAAGCUUGUUGAGAAGGUUACAGAAGGUUUGAAGAUGGUAGCAAAGCAUGCUAAUCCUGGAGCUCUAGCCCCUGUACCAAUUGUCAGAAGGGCAAUGGGGAUAACUAUGCAUCCAGUCAUGUCAGAGCCUAGCGAGCAGAUAGAGGUUGACAUUGAAGGUACAUCAUCUCAAGAAGAGGCAACUCCUCCUCCAUCCAGCACAAGCAGCACACAGGGCAGUACAAAAAGUGGGAAUUCAGAUCUAGAACUACAGUUACGUCACAUUCUCAAUCAGGCAGAUGCUACAUCUCCACCUCCAGUUGUGCAGAGCUCGGCAGAUAUGACUGACAAGAAAUUAAAGGAGAUACUAGGCAACUGAUAACUGAUUUAUUAUAUCUACUUUUGGCAAGAUAACCUCGGCCAUUGCAUUACAGCAGUCUAGGAUUCUUGUAUUUUACAAUAGGGAGGAAAACAAUGUUUAAGAUAGGCAUAGGUCAUAAUAGACAUUAUCAAAGAACCAUUGCAGAUUAACAGGCUUGAUGUAAAAGGACUCUUUGUUCUAACUUUUAGAAGGAAGGAUAAGUUUUAAUUCUAAAAUUUAAGUCUUGUGUAGUGUUUGUGCUGUAGAUUCCAUUCAGAAUUGUUAUUGUGUGUAUGUGAAACAAACGAGUUGUCCUUAAAUUACUUUUUUUAUGUUUUUUACUUUAUAUAUCAGAAUAUAUAAGUCAGUGUGAAUGAA